GUCAAGGUGUCAAAAAACUGGGGAGAUACAAAGACCUCAGGUUCUCAGACCGGCGAUCUACAAUUCGAGUCAUGACUAUGCAGUUAAGAGUCUUCUAUCUCAUCCCACUUCUUCUGGCCAGCUACGUGCAGACAACCCCCAGGCCGGAGAAGAUGAAGAUGAAUUGCUACAAAGACGUGAAAGGCACCAUCUAUGACUAUGAGGCUCUCGCUCUUAACGGGAAGGAACGCAUUCAGUUCAAGCAGUAUGCAGGCAAGCACGUCCUCUUUGUCAACGUGGCUACCUACUGUGGUCUGACAAUUCAGUACCCUGAACUGAAUGCACUCCAGGAGGACUUGAAGCCAUCCGGCUUGGUUGUGUUGGGCUUUCCCUGCAACCAGUUUGGAAAGCAAGAACCAGGAGAAAAUAUAGAGAUUCUUCCUGGCCUCAAGUAUGUUCGUCCAGGAAAAGGAUACGUACCUAAUUUCCAGCUUUUUGCAAAGGGGGAUGUGAAUGGUGAAAAGGAACAGAAAAUCUUCACCUUCUUGAAGCGCUCCUGUCCUCACCCCUCAGAGAUUGUCAGCACACACAAACAUAUCUCCUGGGAGCCGGUAAAAGUCCAUGACAUCCGCUGGAACUUUGAAAAGUUCCUGGUGGGACCUGAUGGAGUCCCUGUCAUGCGCUGGUUCCACCAAGCUCCGGUCAGCACUAUCAAGGCUGACAUCCUGGCGUACCUGAAGCAAUUCAGAACCAAGUAGGAAGGCCGGUCUUCACAGCCCAUCCUGCUUCUCCCUGCAAGCCCUGUUCUGAAAAACAUUCAUCUUCUCACUACACUCUUUACUUAAAUGGACUCUACCUGCCCGAGUCACCCCUAAAUUUACUACAUCCCUCCCCUACACAAAUUGGGUUUAUGUUUGGAAGCAGCAGACAUUUUUCCUUGUAAGAUAUAUGAGUCAAAGAACAAAAGAAAAGGAGAAAGCUAAAUCCAGAGACCCCAGUUACAGAUUUUUUUUUUUUUAAGCUGGGUGUCUCCGUUCUCACCUGAAUGUCAGCACUCAAUGGGUAAGACAAGAGGAACAUGAAUUCCAGGCCAGUCUGAGCUACAAGAGACCUUGUCUCAAAGAACUCCCAAAAAUCCAUCAACAACAACAUAACUAUU